CUUGCCGUCAGUCGAGGGGACGAGCGCCGCAGUCGCUGGGCAGUCGGCGGAGUCAUGGCAGCCGUUGAAGGGGAACCGGACGCCUUCGAUGCUAUUGUCAUGGCAGAAACGAGAUUUCAUGGUGAAGGCUAUCAGGAUGGUUAUGCUGAAGGCGUCCAUGCUGGUGUUAUGGAAGGAAGGCAAUACGGAGUGCAACAGGGUGCCAGCAUUGGCUCAGAAGUAGGGACAUACCUUGGUUUUGCAGUGAUGUGGCAACAGUUGCUUCGGAAAACAUCGGGUGAAAAAUACAGUAAAAAAAUAAAAGUCCUGGAGCAGUUAAUAGAGAUGAUUCAGAACUUUCCUUUGGAAGAUCCAGUCUAUGACAAACUUCAAGAUGACUUGGAGAAAAUUAGGGGACGGUUUAAACAAGUUUGCUCAUUACUGCAUAUUCCAUCUGAUUUAAGACUUGGUUCUGAGAGAAUUUCAUUUUCGUUUUGAAAGCAACAUGAAAAGAAAAUGUCUGUUGGAUAUAAAAAAGUGGUUAAAUCUCACACAGAGGUGAACAUCUUUUCUCCCCACUGAGCAGAUAACUAACCUUUUACAAGGAUAAAGCUAAUAAUUUCAUUUUAUGCUACUUGAAUUGUAUCAUUGGUUCAGUUUGUACAUUCAGGCUCAACUCAGUGACUUCAUGCUGUUGGUUAAUGCACUUUUUCAGAAAUUAAUGUUACACAUUAUUUAUUAGAGAAGAUAACUGGGCUACAGAACAUCAGUUCAAUAGUCUAUUGCCACCAUUUAUAUUGAAAAGGUGACUAAAGUGUUUUAAAGGAUUUUUCAAGUAGAUUUUGUAAACACUGAAGAGUGCCUUCCUAAAACUGACAUUCUGUUGGAAGUCGAUAAAAUACAUAAUUUCACUAUAUUAGUGCAAAAAACCCCACAAAUCUGUAAAACAGAUGUUAUCACUAUAUCUGUAUUUUCACAAGUAUUGGUGUCUUUAUUUGUAAAUUAAAACAAUUAAGGUGAAAUUCAUUCGGCUUGGAGGCUUAUGGGCAUGCCCUAUGUAUCCUGUUUCCCUCCUAUUCUUUUCCUGCCCUUUGGCAUUUGAGAGAAAAUAAGUGGCAAACUUAACUCUGCCAGUCCAAAUGAGACUGAAGUAAUGACUUGAAGUUGCACAAGGAACAACACUUUCAUGUAUUUAUUCAUUUUUAAAGCAUGCUUGCCACCUCUCAGGUCCAGGUCUUCCUGAAAUGGUUUACAAUGCAUAUAGACAAUAUAUUAGAAUAAUAAUUACAAUAAAAUAAAAUAAUCAGUGCAGUGGUCAAAGUAGUAAGAGUUUCAAUGCAGCAUGUAUUUACCAAGCCCUGAAAACUUAAAAACUCCUUUGCCUGGCACCAAAAACACAAUAAAAGGCAGCUCAAGGAGAGCAAGGCUAAAAUUUUAUUUUGAAGUUCCAAUGUUUUCCUCCAUGCUUUGGAGUUCAGAGAUAUACUGAGCCCUUGUCUUCAGCAUAUUCACUUUUUAAAUAAAAAGAGUAGGGUGUCUUUAUCUUUGCCUCAUUGGCUUGUCAACAACACUGUAGUAACUAAAUCAUGGGGAUACGAGAAGGGUAGGGCACUUUCCCAUUCCUUGGACUGAACUGCUGCGCCAAUUGUAUUUGCUGCUUUGGGCUUGGAAGGAUCAGGAGAAAACUGGGUUAUGUUAAAAUCCUGCUAGAUUCCUUUGUGCUGUACUUGCACAAGUAAGAUUGUACUUAAACUGUUGAGAUCUUAGAAACCAGCUGGUUAGGGCCACCUAGUGGGAAAAAUAAUUAUAUCAGCUUUAAAAUUUAAAAUUCCAAUGUUCUGUUGAAAUUCCAAACAGUUUUUUAAAAACUAAAUUGGCUUUAGGAGGAAAGUUUUUGUUUUGUUUUUAAAAGAUGGAAUUAUAAUGACUGAGACAGUGUUUGCUGAAACAGCUGGAUGUUCUUCAUUCAUGUAUUCAAAGUUCUAUUCUGAAGCUUUACCUGUAACUUAAGUUAUAUCCAUAAUUGUACUCUGUUAGUGUUAUCUGUUGUAUUGAUCAUAAGGUGGUCAAAUUCACUGCCUGCUUUGUGUUAUAUAUUUGUACUAAAAUAUUAUUUUCUUCAAA